AAAUAAAAGCAUUGGUUGUAUGAGCAUUUGAAACAAGGAUGAUGGCGGUUGCUAGGAAAUUAUUGUCCCCCACUGAUUUUCGACCCAUCCCAUUGAACGCACCGUUUUUCCCGAAGGAUUUGACUGCAUCACCCUGUGAUCUUUUCAAUUUAAAGCCUUACUUCCAUAAGGGCUCCAUCAAAGAGGCACACAAUUUGUUCGACCAAAUGUCCCACAGAAACGAGGAAUCUUGGACGGCCAUCAUCAUUGGCUACAACUCAUGCAACCACCAUAACCGUGCAUGGACUGCGUUUUCUCAAAUGCUCAGAGAUGGGGUGCAGUCCAAUGCUUUCACUAUAUCCGCUGUUUUGAAGGCAUGCAAGGGUUUGAAAGCUCUAUCAUGUGGCAGAUUAGCUCAUGGGAUGGCCAUUAAGACUGGUAAUCAAGGAUCAUCCAUAUAUGUUGAUAAUGCACUCAUGGAUAUGUAUGCCACUUGCUGUGAUACCAUGGACCAUGCAAGAAUAGUUUUUGACAAUAUUGUAACCAAGAAUGCUGUCUCCUGGACUACUUUGAUCACUGGGUACACUCAUAGAGGAGAUGCCUAUGGUGGUCUUCGAGUUUUCCGUCAAAUGUUUCUGGAGGAAGGAGAGCUGAGUUCCUUCAGCUUCUCAAUUGCUGUUAGAGCUUGUGCCAUGAUUGGUUCGAGUAUUUUGGGCAAGCAGGUACAUGCUGCAGUGAUUAAUCAUGGAUUUGAGUCCCAGCUUCCUGUCAUGAAUUCCAUACUGGACAUGUAUUGCAGGUGUCGUUGUGCAUCUGAAGCAAAGCAGUUAUUCUCUGAAAUGAGUGAGAAAGAUAUGAUUACAUGGAAUACCUUGAUUGCUGGAUUUGAAACACUGGAUUCUAGGGAGUCUCUCUGCAUAUUUUCCCGAAUGGUGUCAGAAGGUUUUAGUCCAAGUUGUUUCACAUUUACUAGUGUCUUAGCUGCAUGUGCUAACAUAGCAGUUCUGUUUCGUGGGCAACAGCUUCAUGGUGUAAUUGUUUGUAGAGGCCUCGAUAACAACUUGGAAGUAUCCAAUGCUCUUAUUGAUAUGUAUGCCAAGUGUGGAAAUGUAGCUGAUUCACAUAAAAUAUUUAGUGAAAUGCCAUGCCCAGAUUUGGUCUCCUGGACUUCAAUGAUGAUUGGAUAUGGAGCUCAUGGACAUGGAAAAGAGGCUGUUGAGUUGUUUGAUGCAAUGGUCAGAUCAGGUAUUAAGCCAGAUACGAUAGUGUUUAUGGCACUUCUGCAUGCUUGCAGCCAUGCUGGACUAGUGGAAGAAGGGCUGAGAUAUUUUAGAAUAAUGACCAGCUAUUAUAAUGUAGCACCAGAUAGAGGCAUCUAUGGAUGUGUGGUGGAUUUGCUUGGUCGUGCUGGAAGAGUGGAGGAAGCUUAUCAGCUAAUAGAGGAUAUGCCAUUUAAGCCAGAUGAGUCUAUAUGGGUAGCCCUUCUUGGAGCUUGUAAAGCACAUAAACAACCAAGUAUGGCCAAAUUAGCAGCUUUGAGGGUUUUGGAUAUGAUGCCAAAUAGGGCUGGAACUUACGCAGUGCUGUCAAAUAUUUAUGCGGCUGAAGGUAACUGGACUGAUUUUGCUAGCUUGAGGAAGCUGAUGAGAAGUAUUAAAAAUAAAAAGGAGGCAGGAAGGAGCUGGAUUGAAUUGAAAGACCAGGUUUACAGUUUUGUUGUUGGAGAUAGAUUUGUUUUGUCAAAUGUGCAGGUGUGUGAAGUUCUGAAAUUGUUAAUUAUGCAAAUUAAAGAUGUUGGAUAUGUGCCGGAUUUGGAAUGCAAUGCAUUGUACAUACCUAGAAGAUGAAACUUGAUAACUUGAAUCGAAGCUAAAAAGACCAUAUUGUUAGUGGUGAAUGCUGCUAGCAGAUUUUUUGACUUGGUACCUUUU